AUGGCGAUCUUUAAACACUUGUUUCUUGUUUUGUCUCUUGUGCCUCUGGUACUGAGCUACCCUUUCUUCCCCCCCACAUGCGACAGCAAGGUGCUGAGCAUGGCGCGAGAUCUCACCCAGAUGGCUGCAGAUCUGAAGAGGGGCCAUGAAACUAGUUACUGCAUGGCACACAUGCCAGAUCUCUACCUUGAUGUCCAUAAUGCCUGUGUGAUGCACAAAAUGAGGACCUACAUCUCCCUGGUGGAAGGCCUGCGAGACCGCCGCUGCGCUUACACCAGAGAAGUGAUGAAGCUGGGGUACACUCUCAGACAGCUCUUCAUCUUCAUGUCGGAGAAAUGUCGCGGGGACUUGGUGUUCACAAUCUAUGACUGUGCUGUGCUGGAGCGCUACCCUGGAUACUGAGAUAUCAAUAUUACUGUCUGACAGCUAUACAGUCCUUCCUUAAGCAUGGGCAAUAACUAAAAUACGCAAGACUAAAUCUAUGGUAACUACUGUGGAAUCAGACUGAGGAAACACAUAAUAAACUUUAUGGAAAUGCCUUCUAUUCUGAUAUAAGUAUAUGAUAUCAUAUUGUACAAAAGCUUGUUAGUUGCAUUCAAUACAGACUGCAAUAUUGUCCAGUCUUUCCUUUUUUUAAGAGGUGAAAGAGGUCUACUUCAAGAUCUCUGCUCUUCAUCAUCCACUGGUCAAGAAUGUUUUUGGCACAAGAGCAGAGUAGUAUAGAAAAACAUAAGCAUAUAAUUGAAAGCAUCAAAAACAAACAAAACAAAAUACCCUAUUGUCUUACAUCUAACAAUAAAAUGCACAUUUGAUUUUUUCUAAUAACUUAAAUAUGAAAUACAUUAUGUGAAUCCAAGGGGUGCUAGAGGAAGAUAAAGUGCAUCAAGUUAACACGCUGGAGCUUCAUUCACUUUUUGUAGUCAUAGGAACUGUACAAAGUACAAACACAAUUGCAAGUAAUGAGAGUGAAGGGAUAAGUAACCUCUGUGGGCCGGUGUGGACUUGCAUGAGCUUGUCUCUUUACUGCAGGCUCUAGGGAUUUACAGAAUGAAAUCUCUCUUUCACUUUGUAUCAAGAGUGCAAAGUGACAUUAAGAGAACGUUUAACAAAGUGAUUCAUUUUGCAUUACAUUGGAAAUAAGACAAAUUUGCCUAAUAUAUGAUGGAUAAUGGGAAAGAAAACUGCAACAAUACAUGCAAAAUCCUGUUUUCCAACCCAUUUAAACCGCUCACUUCAACCAAUCUUCAUGUCCAUAAUUGGCUAAUCUUUUCAUAUAAUAGAACUCAGAGAGAGAAUUACUCAUGCAAAUUAGGUGGUAAAUGAA